UCGUCCAUAUAUUGAACGUCCAGUCCAGGCCACACUUCAGUCGAAGAAACAGAACAUCUCUCCGCAAGAUCAGUCUGCCAAAGAAGCGAGAUGGCACGCCUAUCUUCCAUUCCCAUCUCCCUCCUGCUGCUAGCUAGCCUCGCCUCCGCCGCCGCCUCGGCAGCAGCCGUGGGUCAAGAGGAAGGAGGCAUCAAGAUCCGCGUGCGGUAUCCAACCAAGGAGCAGUCGCGGUGGCUGAACCGCUGGGCGGAGAAGCAUCAGGCUCAAGGAUCCGGCGAAGGCUUCAGGAUCCGGCCGGCCACCGACGAGGAGUCGGCGUUUCUGAACCGCAUGUCAGCCCGCGGUGCGGAGAAAACCGGCGGCCGAGCCGGCUACGACGGCCGCAUCGAGUUUGGCGCUGACCAUCCUUUUGGAAGAAUCGUUGAGGAUGCCUUCCACUCUCGAGCUCACACGUCCAAGGCGAACGAUGAGCUUUAGGAGCAUUGGUGCCUAACCGGCGAGGCCAUGGAUGGCCUCGUGUCCUUGUCGAUGAACGGAAUUGAUAAGGGAGGAUGGCAGCAAGGAGUGGCUGUCGUGUAUCACUAGCCUGUUUUAGUAGCUUGUUUUUUCUUUUCUAAUCUGUUUUAGUAGCUUGUUAUGGCGUCGAGGCCAGUAAGGUUCGUCCUCGGAGAUGUUAUCGAAUUCAUCAUCUACUAGUUGCAGUGAUUGUGGUUUAUUAUGCGGCGUGGCGUGGUCUCCAUUUGCCAUUGCGCUUGUUUGUUGCCUAAUAUAAAGGGCAGAUCUCUCCUGCAAAUUCCUGUAAAAAUCGAUUUGGUUAUUUAGAAAGAUCUCCUAUUACAUCUAGGAUGUUGAUCUUAGUAAAGCAAA